AUGGACAUCAAGGCGUUCAAGCCAGCGCCACCCUACUCCGCCUCCCCCUCCCCCACCCCUUCCUCCACCUCCCCCACCAUCACUGACCUUGAGCCCAAGCGAGUCGACCCGCGGAAAAGAAAACCAUACACCAAGAAGGAUGGAACCGCCGCCGGGGCCUCCGCAAAGGCCUCAUCCAAGAACACCGCCAACAACAACAACAAGGGCGACAGGAUGACAUUCGAACUCGACGAUGUCCUGCGCAAAUAUUCACCCGAGCAGUUCAAGACCUGCAAGGCCUACGAUGUCGGCGGCGUCAACAUCCUCAACAAGAAGCCAGUCGACUCCAAGACUGCGCUCGACAAGAUCAAGCGCAGACGGGAGACCCACAACCGCGUCGAGCGGCGUCGCAGGGACUGCAUCAACCAGCUCAUAGACGAGCUCACGUCGCUGCUCCCGAAGGACGAUGACGAGAGCCAGUCCAAGUGCCACCGCGUCAAUGUCCUGCGCACGGCCGUGACCCACAUCCAGAACCUAACCCAGCAGAACCAGAGCCUUGCCCAGCAGCUCGAGGCCCUUCAGACGGGCAGGCCCAUGCCGCCGCCCGCCAUCAUCACCACGCUGGCGCCUACAAUGGACUAUGAGGACGAAGACGACUCCCAGUCCCAGAUGUCAUACCUGUCCGAGGCCAGCCACACCUCCCAUGCGCCCCGCUCCCCAAUCUCACCUCUCUCCGCCGGCUUUUUCUCGCCCAUCGCCAGCCCAAACCGCCUCGGACCCCAGCAUGAACCCGCGACGGGGGCCCCGAUGGCCCAUCUGACGCCACUAAAACUGCCCGGGACAGUGUCCAUCGAUGCAGCAUCCUCGCACACACCGCCUCGCCCACCAUCGCCAUCAACCCUGCCAUCUAUGAGCGACAUGUCCGUCACUUUACCCUCGAUUCCCAUGAUCAUCGAACCCUCAGAAUCGAUAUCCUCCUCAUCUCCCCUAGACCCUGCUUCCAGUACGCUUGGAUCUCAUGCCAAACGCCUGAAUCGACAGACUCUGCCCCGCCUCCAAUUGGUUCCGCCACCGUUUCACCACCAUCGAUCUAGCAACAACAAUAACAACAACAACAACGGCAGCAACCACGGCGGCGCCUCUUCUUCACCAUCAUACUACGGUCAGGACUCGUUAACGUCGCCUGCAUCGACCUACUCUGGAUACUCUUCCACGUCAGGGCCGUGGUCCUCCUCAUCCUCGCUCGGACCAUUCUCGGCCACUUCGUCCACUGGACCUUUAUCUUCAUACGGAGGUGUAAGUCCACGGUCACCUGGAUAUUCACCCUAUGGACCGCCUUCACCCUAUGGACCGCCUUCACCCUACUCGCCGUACGGGCCAUCAACAGGCGCGUCCAUGACUUCUCCGUCUGCACACUCCCAAUCGUUUGCACCGACACACUCACUCAGAGCAAGCACAUGGGGUGCAGCAACGAGCGGAGAUGGUGGCAGAGACGACGAAACCUAUUCUGGUGAAAGUGCAUAUUAUGAUCACAUGGGACGGCGAGAACUGCAGCAAGAGUCAAGUCCUUCGUAG